AACACACGCAGCCCAUCAACUUGCACCAGCCUGAAUAUAAAGUUAAUCAUUUCAGUACAGAGUUAAAUAUCAAUGUGCUUGACAUGAAAAGACUCCAGACAUGGCAACGACCAGACCAACACGAUACUUAACACUCCUGCUAGACUGUCCUGUUGUAAUUGCUGCCAUUUGUGCAGCUGGCAUUGGAGGGACAUUUCAAUAUGGAUUCUGUGUAUCUGUGAUGACUUCCCCCUCUGCUUUUAUAAAGGAGCUGGUGAACACAACAUGUCUACAGAGAUACGGUGUCUCCUUGGAGCAGUGGCAGGUUUCUCUCAUCUGGUCCUCCACUGUGUCAAUUUUCUGCACUGGGGGGUUACUGGGGUCGCUGAUGUCCGGUCAGCUGCUCAGAUUUGGCAGAAAGAAAAUCCUUUUGUUAAACAAUUUUGUGGCUAUAAUUGGAGCUGUGUUGAUGUUACUGAGCCAAACAGCGAUGUCUUUUGAGAUGAUCCUGGUCGGACGAUUUCUCUAUGGCAUCAAUGCAGGAGUCAGUCUUCCAGCUCAAGUCUUGUACCUUGUUGAAUGCUCCCCCAAGAGCCUGCGAGGGAUGGUGGUCGUGACCGUCUUAACCUUCCAAUGCUUGGGGAAGUUCAGCGGUCAGCUGCUGGGGAUCAGUGAGUUGCUUGGUACGCGGGAGAGGUGGCCCUGGCUGCUUGGUUUCAAUGGUUUUACAGCGUUACUCCAGCUCUCCACCCUGACCUUCCUGCCAGAGUCUCCCAUCUAUCUGCUGCUGCACAGAGAAGACCGUCAGGCCUGCGAGAAAGCUCUAAAGAGGCUAUGGGGCAACAAGGACCACAGCAGGGUGGUGGAGGAGAUUCUGGAGGAGAAAGCUGCCUCGCAGUACACUCGCAGCCACUCGCUGAUGGAGCUGAUUCAGACCAAAGAGCUCCGUUGGCAGUUCCUCACCAUAAUCGUUAUCACUGCCACAUUACAGUUCAGUGGCGUCGGCAGCGUGUUCUUUUAUGCUUUUGAGGUGUUUCGUGCGGCAGGGAUCCAAGAACACCUGUUACCUUACGCCAACAUGGGAAUAGGGCUGUGUGAGAUGAUCACCUCUGUAGCCUGUUUCAUGAUUAUUGAGAAUAGUGGCAGAAAAGUCCUGCUGAUCGGAGGAUACAUGGGAGUAGCUGCAACGCUGGGCCUCCUCACCAUCACUCUGUACCUGCAAAGUCAGGUCUCCUGGAUGCCGUACUGCAGCGUGGCCCUCAUUUUCAUCUUUAUUUUCUUUUUUACCGGUGGACCAGGUGGAGCAACAUGUUCUCUUGCAGUGGAAAUAUUUACUGUGUCGUACGUAGCAGCUGGAAGCGCCCUCUCCUGUGUUACCAACUGGACAGUCAUGUUUUUAAUGGGGAUGCUCUUCCCUGUCUUAGUGGAGAAACUGCAACACUUUUGUUUUCUCAUAUUCCUGUUUUUCUGCGUCGCCUGCGGGCUGUACGUGAAGUUCAACGUCCCCGAGACCAAGAAUCGGACAGCGCUGGAGAUUACUGCAGAGUUUGAGAGGAUGCACUCCAAAUCUGGAGGGGAGAGGAAAAACUCCACCGAACACGGAAUUGAAGCAAACCGAACAGACGAUUUGUCCGAAUGGUGAUCACAUUCACAAAGGUCAUAAAGGGUCAAACAGCAAACAUUUAGCUUGAAGAAGUCAUGUUAUAUCGCACGCAGAAGAUUUAAAUAGUUUAAAUGUAGCAGAAACACAAGAUAAAACUCAUAGAGUCAUACAGUUUAGAGAAAUCUGUCUGUUUUUACUAAGUCAGCCAUGUGAACCAUGCAGCAUGACUUUAAUAAAAGUGGUUUUACUGUCUUUUAUGAC